AUGGAUUUCAAGACGAGAUUUUAGGGUAAAACCUCUAUGAUUACAAAAGAUGGAGGCAUAGAAACAGCAAUGGCAACAACUAAAGUUCCGAUAAAUAAAAUUGAUGUAGCAGGAAAUAGCAAUAAUAACUUUAACAAGGGACCUACUGAAUAGCUAAUCUCUUUUGGGGGAAACAGCUAGAGUAAUGGUUUCAACAUCUACAAUGGCAAUUAAUCCCAUGCUUCAGCAUUUGGGGGUGCUAUCAUAAAGACAGGAUAGUUUGGAGCAACAUAAUAAUAAUAAAGCUAGUACCAAAAUUUCAAUGACAAUAAUCAAAAAAACACUUUUUCCCCAAUAAAGUAAGCUGAUCUAGAUGAUUUGAGAGCUGAUAACAUUUAUCUAAAGGGUGGCAAUAACAUGGCGGAAGCUUUGAAAAAUAGCUCUAACUUAGCAGCAACAAAUGGACUAGGUGGUGGCAUUAGCAUAGCUAUGCGAAUGAAGUAAUAAAGAGAUGCAUAAUAGAAUAAAAAAGAUGAGGAAAAAACAAUAUAUAAUCACAAUCCCUUUAUGAGUAAUGUUAGUAAUCAAAAUGGCAAUGUAUAAGAUAAGUAGUUUUGGGCUUAGACCACCUCAUAUUCUGACAACUCUUAAAUUUCUCAAAAUCAAACUCCAAUCUCAAGUCAGUAAUCGUAGCGGCCUCAUAAUAUUCAUGUUAGUAGCACUCCUAAUCAAUUACCAUCUUAGUAAAUUAUAACUCCAACUUCAAACUCUAAGCCCCCAAGUCAGUAAAACAUUCGAAAAUCACUUGAAAAAUAGAGAUAGUCUAAUUUUGCUAGUGUAACUAAGUAGAUAAUUAAUACCACUAACAAUUCGGGUUAAAACUUUUAGAAAAAUCCCAUUGAUAAAAACGUUUCAACAAGUCAAGUAAGAUAAAAUAACAUAAAGGUAACUGAUAAUGGAACCAUUAGUGGAGGAAACUCAUAUUCUUAAUAAAUUGGAUUGAAUCAAAAUCUUAAGCAUCGAGCUGUUAGUGUAAGUAACACAAUUUAAUAGUAAAAUGAAAAUUAAGAUAAAACUAAUGUAAUACCAAAAAGAGGAGGUGCUUUUAGAAGUGCAGGGAUCAAAUCAUAAUAAACAGUCGAUGCCACUUCUAAGUCUGUCGAUAAGACAUAUUCUAGCUAAAAUGGUUUGCCAGUUAAUAAUGGAUUAGUAAAAGUUAAUACUCAUAAUUUAAUAGAGAACCCAUAUCAAUAGUAAAUAUCAGGUACAAAUUAAGGGAUGGGUCCUGGCUUCAUGACAGGAAUGAAUCAAAUCGCAGCAACUACGAAUUCCUCAAUGCUAACACCUGAGUAAUUACAACAAUAAAUCUUGAUGAUGCAACAUUAAAUGAUGCUUUUACAGCAGCAAUAAUAGUUUAUAUAUGGAGGAAAUAUCAGUAAUCUCCCACCAUAGAGUAGUCCUGCACUUCUAUAGAUGAAUCCCGGAUAACCCUCGUAAGAUGUUUAUAAAUAGUUUGAACUUGCAGACUAAAAAUACCAAGAAAAGGUUAAACCGCUUUCAGGGGUUGUCAACACAAAUUAUUAAUCCAAUAAUUUAAAUAAAGUAUCUUCAAACAUUCAACUAGGUCAAUCCUCAUCCACUACUACAUCAGGUCUUUACAAGCCCUACUCUGUUAAAGAAUACAAAUAAAUGCAAUAGACUUCCUAAUAAAUAAAAUUGGGAGGAUUAGGAGCAAACAUCGGAGGUGAGGAUUGGGAAAAGGCUAAGAAAAAACAAGAAUAAAUAUAAGAAUACGCAAAAUAGCUAAGAUUACAAAAUAUAAAUAAACCACCUCCAAUAAAAAAGAACAGAGAAGAAAAACCAAAGGAAAAAACAGCAAGAGAUAAAGCUAUUGAAUUCUCAAAGAAUGUACCAAAGCCUAAGAUGCGUGUAUAAAACGAUGACUCAUCCUCAAUAAUAGAAAAUCCUUACUAAAAUGCUUACUCCGAAUAAAGCUAAGGCUCUAAGUACCUAAAUAAUGAUCUUAAUGGGAUCGAAGAGGAGCCUUAUGAUGAGUAUGGUGUAACACUGAAAGGAGAAGACUUAGCAUAAUUAAACAUGAAGCAUGAUUAGUAUGCGAGUGAACUUGAAAAAAUAAAAUAAUUGAUUAUGUGA